GUAAUGGCGACAAUAUUAAAAAUUUGCACGUAAUUGUGAAUUUAAUUAAUGUUAGCGCCUAUAAAAUUUGUAUUAUUUUUAAUACUAUGUCAUAAAUAAGUUGCCAAAGUUAUGUUAUACCCUGAAAUAAGUAAUUUUGGGCUUGAGGUAACAAUUUGUUAUGUUGGCGCCUCUGUCUCAGGUGUGAUGAUAUAACCUCACAUUUUAUGCAAAGUUGUUGUUACAUAUUGUGAAACAGUUUCAAUUAAAACCAGUUGUUUUGUUGUACAGCAAGCAGUUGUUUUGUUGUACAGCAAUGUUUCAACCCGAGUUUCAGGCUGUGGUGUUGGCUGCGGGUAAAGGUUCCCGUAUGCCCGAAAUUACCUCAGGCAAGCCCAAAUGUUUACUCCCCGUGGGCACGAAGCCCCUCGUCUGGUACCCUUUACACAAGUUGCAAAAGUCGGGUUUUACAGAUGUAAUUCUUGUCGUGUUAGAGAAUUACAAAAGCGACAUUCAGGCCACUCUUGACAAAACCGAGCUUGAAAUCAAAAUCGAUUACUUUCCUAUCAGUGGAAAAGAGGAUUUAGGCACUGCUGACUCUCUAAGACUCCUCCAUGACCGUUUAAAGUCUGAUGUUCUUGUCAUUUCGUGCGAUUUUAUCACUGAUUUUAAUUUAAAAGGCGUUUUGGACCUGUUUCGAAUGCACGAUGCUUCGGUCGCGUCCUUAUUUUUCCAUCCACACGCGGGAGAAAAUUUGCUUAUUCCGGGACCGAAAUCUAAACAUAAACCUGAACGUGAUUUGGUCGGGAUUGAUGUGCAAACAAAUCGAUUGGUAUUUUUAGCUUCUGCGAGCGAUUUUGAAAGCGAAUUAUCCCUACCGCGAUCCUUGCUCAAAAAACAUACUCAUAUUAAAAUGCACAGCAAUUUGGUAGACUCACACGUUUACGUUAUAAAAAAUUGGGUGAUCAAAUAUUUAAACAGCCAACCGAAUUUUUCAACAAUCAAAGGCGAGCUUUUGCCCCAUAUUGUCAAAAAACAAUUAUCUAAGCCCCCUAAAGUAGUCGAGGGCAAAUCGAUUGUUAGCAAAUGCGACAGUGAAGACAUUUUUAAUUACGCGAAAGAGGACCCUUUUAGUAUUAUAAUUAGAGACUCCUCAUCAUACAACGACCAUAUCGGUGACUCCAAACCCACUUAUCACGGUGAUAGUAUCCGGUGUUACGCGUUAUUAGCCCCCAGAGACUCAUUCGGAGUCCGAGUCAACACAUUAGCGAGUUACUGGGCCAUUAAUAGCAAAGUCAGCGAAAAGUGGGACAAAAUCACAAAUGGCUUAAAUCUCGUCCUUAAACAUCCCACAAGUGAGAAUAAAUCAAGUCAAGUGGAUGAUAAAUGUGUUAUUUGGGAGGGAGCCAAGUUGCACGAGAAGACCUCGUUUAAAAAUUCAAUUAUUGGGGCUAAUAGUGAAGUUUGCAGUUUUUCGAGAGUUUUUAAUUGUAUUGUUAUGAAUAAUGUGACGAUUAAGGAGAAGGUUGCGUUGGAAAAUUGUAUAGUUUCAGAUGGGGUCACGAUUGAGAAGGGUUGCCAGAUUAAGGGUUGUUUGAUCGGAAGUCAUCAUUUGGUGCCCGAAAAUUCAGAACACAGUCAAGAGGUACUCACGGAUUCGGACCGGUUGAUGGAAUUUUAAUUUUUUAUUUUUGUACAUAAUGCAUUAUAAAAAAUACGAAUAUAAAGAACA